AUUUUCAGUAUUUUCAAUUUUAAUGUAUGACGUCAUUGAUGCGGAAGUAAUUUACUCGCCGACCGUAAUCUAAGUCGACUCGACAACCUUUUACACACCCGCCUUAAAUAAGCAAGCAACAUGAACGCACCCACUCUGAGGGAAAGAAUUUGCUCGUUUUUCUGUGACGGCGCUUGUCUCAGACCACGUGACCCUGAAUACGAGCAGAAGAUUUACUUAAAAGAAAGAAAACGAAUCGAGAAAUAUUUACAAAACCUUGAAGAACCGAAGUCGGUGGAUCGAAGCUCUCCCGUUCCCAUUUUGCCCGAACCCGAACCCGAACCCGAACCCGAGUCCGACAAACGAAUUACAGACCCCCAGCGUCGAUUCUCCUUGCCCGUCUUACCCGUCUACUCGUUGAAACCGAACCCUCCUCCCAAUCUAAGAAGGAGAAGCGUUUGGUUUGAGUGUCCGGCAGGUGGCGGUGGCGAGCCAGUAAUUACUGUUGAGCCUCCAACACCGGACGAGAUGCCGCUGAGACUUAUAAAACGAAGAGUCGGCGAUCGAAGAAACGCCAUGGGACGAGAAUCACAUCGGAAAUCUUUGAUGAAAGGAAUCCUGAGCGUCGCAAGUGGGGGAGGGACUCCCCCUGUUUCGGAACUCAAAGAGGGCAAACCACUGCCGGGUUAUUUGGGAAGGGAGAACGAAACUUAUUGUUUCCCUGCAUGUGCUGGUACUCCGCUCAAGGAACCCGACGAAUUUUACGAGGAUAAGACCUACAUUGUUGUGAACGAUCAAGGUUCAAUCUUCCGCUUCAGUAAGGCCGAGUCCCUUUUUCUAUUCGGCCAGGAAAGUCGCCUCCGUAACGCCGCCAUCAAUCUCUUCAUUAAGCCGAUGUUUUCCAAUUUCAUAAUGCUCGUCAUCCUGUUUAACUGCGCAUGCAUGGUGCUGGAAAACCCGCCGCAUUGGGUAGACGACUACUUAGAAUACGUUUUCACCGCCAUCUACAUAGCAGAGGCCACAGUUAAGAUCACGGCAAGAGGUUUCGUCCUUCAUAGUUUCUCAUAUCUACGAGACCCCUGGAAUUGGCUCGACUUUAUUGUCAUCGUAUCAGCGCUUGCCACGGAAAUCCUAAAAGCCAUCGUUCGCUCCACAAUGCUGGGGCAGAUUGCGGUUCUAAGGACGUUUCGUGUGUUGCGGGCGUUAAAGACAAUGUCAGUAGUUCCCGGUUUGCGGGGGAUCGUGAAAGCAUUACUUCGAUCCAUCCACGCACUGAAAGACGCCGUCGCCCUAACAGUGUUCUGCGUCUCAGUGUUCGCGCUGAUCGGGUACCAGCUCUUUCACGGCACCUUGCGGCAGAAGUGUGUUUUGAGCUCGAACUCCCCAGUCCUUGCGCCAGAUGCUUUAUACGCACUUGAUAAAGAAGCGAACUUCUUCAGACAAGAGUUUGAUUUCGCCAGCGCAUGUUUAAAACAAGACUUCAACGAGAGUUACAAUGACAGCUCACACUACAAUACCACACCGGUGCAAACUUUAACGCCUUUAUACCCACAUCCUAAAGACUGCCAUCUUACCAAGUUUUUACCUCCAUGCGAUGGUACGCAGUGGUGCGAUGAAGAUGUUAUAUUUAUUGAAAGGAUACUGACCACGGUCAACAACACGCUAACUAAAGCUGUAAACCAAUCCGAACAACAUUGUGUAUCGCAGCUUACGAUGCCAAUGUAUGUAUCAGCUUGGUCGUCUCUCGCGUAUAAGGUGGGCUUACAUAUACCCAGCCUGAAUAACGGUACGUUUGAGUGCGCGAAUAGUACGAGUAAUAGCACAAGUGCUGAGCCCUAUUGCAAUACCAUGGUGCAUAUGGACAUUGCUGACAUAACGUGCCUUAGGGAGUCACAAUACGGUGGUAAUGGCUCAUAUACAAGUCACAACGCUUCAAAGGACUUGAAACACUGGGGUUCAAGGAUGGCCUACGGUUGCAGUAGCGUCCCCAAGUGGUAUGCAAGGAAACUGAUAAUAUCUCUCCGGAUCGUAACGCCAAACAACAAGAGUUCACCGGAGCUGUUGUUUUAUUCCUCUGACCCAAAAGCCAAGGAUUUAACGCAGUGGAAAGACGACGUUGAGAACCACUGCAUGACGGAGCCGACGACGGGACUCUACUAUUUCCCCAUGUCUUCGAAUAGACCGAAACCGGAACCUAUUUACUGCGCUAUUGGAAACGAUGAUAUGUGUCCACUGGGUUACGGAUGUUACGAAGCCGGCGGGAACCCCGAUUAUGGUUACACGAGUUUCGAUCAUUUCUUCCUCGCAUUUCUUACAUCGUUUCGUCUUGUUGCGCUCGAUUCGUGGAGCAGAUUGUACUACUUGACACUUCACACCAUUGGAAAGACGUAUGCCAUAUUCUAUAUAGUAGUUGUGCUUCUUGGUUCUUAUUACUUGGUCAACCUUAUCCUUGCUGUUGUAUAUAUGGCUUAUGAGGAACAACAGGCUGUUGUGGAAGAAGAAGAAUUGGAAGCAAAAGAGCGUGAAGCAGAGAAACGGGAACAAGAGGGAGAUGAUUUGAGCGAAUGUGAUGAUUGCGCGAGUGAGAGCGACGUGCCUAACAGUGAGAUAGACGUUGAAACAGGCCGCUGGAAGAUGGGUCUAAUCACAACUUCGCUGGCUUGCCAUGAACCUCGACAGUUUUCCAACGACGGGAAUUCGAGCGCAACAUUUUCACCGUCGCCGUUUGGUUAUAAAGAGUCGUGUCGUAGGAAGAGACGAAGAAUGCGACUUCGUUCACAAUUGUCAUCAAGAACCACCCUCCACCAACCUAGUGGAGAUGAUGAGCCAAGUAAUCAACCGACCACUCUGCACAAGAGAUCACAACGAAGCUCAUCGUUGCGAUACAGUGUUCGUUCCCAUGGCGUGCAGAGUUCUGACACUUGUACUUGCUCCGAUGACAGUUCAAUGUACCAACAUGGAGACAUGCAACGACCGAAGCGACGACGCUCUCUCAGUAAAAGCAGGCGGCGAAGAUACCGAAGAAAAUCGCCGGUGAACCUAAAAUCUUUGGAGGAAAAUAAAAAGGACAAACAUGAGGACAAACCUUCGAUUCGGUUAAUUGUGACUGAGAUUGAAUCUGAGGCAGAAAGUGGCCAUCGCAUGUUAAAGAAUAAGCAGGAGAAUCAUCACGAAAAAAAUGCAAACUUUCUUUCAGUAAAUGAGGCAUUACGCAGAGGCCGUAUGUCUUCGUUAUCGAGUGAAACAUCAUCUUGUAAUGAAGUUUGCAACGAUUGUUCAGAGCAGAACAAUACGGAGAAAAAGCCAUGUUUUAACCCAGGUUGCUGUAACUCCAAGUUUAGUUCUACAGAAUUCUCGUUCAGAAGGUUAAGUGAUUCAUCCUCCAUGUGGGGAGAUAAUGAAAGUGAACAGGUUGUAGAAGUGGAAAUUGCACAAGACGAAAACAUCGGCAGAAAACUUCCCGUACGUUCCCCUACCACCAACAAAGACACUGAAAACCAGAAACCUGAAACUUUGCCGUCCCACCAACACCAUGUUAUACACACCAAGAAACACAGCCCUAACUCUCUAUUCCCUGCUCCAACUAACACCCAUGCAAACCGCCUAAAGACGAUGAAGGGUUGCAAUACACCGCCGAUGUUUCUUAGGAACGAACUCAGGAAAGACGGCAACGGCAGUUGUGUGAACGGGAGUAAAACCAAUAAAGGAAGCCAUGUUGGAAUUGAGGACGACUACGAUUGCUAUUUGAUGGAAAAUAAAUUCGGAAUGGGGCCAGCUGAGUAUUUCCAAACCAACAACAACCUGCUAUCACCUGUCAAUCCAUCGCCUGUCAAAACAACUGGUGAUCCUGCUGCUGAUGACAUCAAUAUCGAUGAAGAUCAAACGAUUGCUGUGAUAUCAGAGGAUGGAAAAUACUAUGAGUAUCAGGAGAACUAUGACGUUGUCCAACUUGAAGAGAAACUGGAUGAGACGAGUGCGAUGCUGACUGACCAAUUUUCCGACAUCUCCCCGACAUCAAGACGAGCCAGGUGGAAGCUGAAGAACAAAAAGAUGACGGAUCGUUACCAGAAGUUUUCGAGGGCGUUUGUGAAUUUGUUCUGCAAAUGGAGGUGUUGUCCUGCUGGGUGGUCGAAAAUCCAGCGUAAAGUUCGCCGAAUUGUGCUCAACCCGUUCACUGACCUCCUUAUAACAUUAUGCAUCGCCCUAAAUACUUUGUUCAUGUCAUUGGAGCAACACCCGAUGGAGGCUUGGUUCGCCAAGAUCUUGGACAACGCUAAUGUGUUUUUCACGAUUGUCUUCACUGUAGAGAUGCUAAUGAAGAUCAUAGGGUUAAGUCCGUACACUUAUUUCAAUGAGAGAUGGAAUGUGUUCGAUGCAGUCGUCGUGCUUUUCAGUUUGCUUGAACUUUUGCUUAACUCAACUCAAGGUCUCUCAGUGUUCAGAGCGUUUCGAUUGAUGCGAAUAUUGAAGCUUGCUAAACAGUGGCCAACCUUGAACAAACUGUUGAGGAUAAUCGGUAAAACUUUGGGUCAACUUUGGCACCUGACUCUUGUCUUGUUUCUUGUUCUUUUCAUCUUUGCUGUGGUAGGGAUGCAGUUACUCAGGGAAUCUUACAUCUCCCAUUACUUAGAACACAAUCAGGGUAAACUACCAAGGUGGAAUUUCAUUGAUUUUCCCCACUCAUUCAUGGUGGUGUUCCGUAUACAAUGUGGAGAAUGGGUUGAAAAUAUGUUUACUUGCCUCAAUGUUGCCCCUCCUGGUAUUUGUAUCCCUCUGUUUAUACUUGUGUAUAUCAUUGGGAACUUGGUGAUUCUCAACCUUUUCCUUGCUUUGCUUCUCAACUCGUUCAGUGGAGACGUUUUACAGCAAACCACCAGCGAAAACAGCAGCAUUUCUGAAGCGUUCCGACAGUUUGUGGCUUGGGCACGAAAGCAAAGAAGCAGAAUACAAACUAUACCUUUUAAUACAUUCUGUUGUCAAAUGGUUAAACUUGGAGUAAGGAACACGCCCAAAAACCCAAUGAAGAUGGAGGUAAAGAAGACGAUGUCGCAGAGUAGUGAAUGUAAUGUUAUAACUAAUACGGAGAUGACAACGUUUACUGCGAUCACUGAGGACAAGGAUUCAAAUGGGGAUGCAUGCGCAGAUGAAACUGACCCAAUGUUACAAUCACCCAAACCCCAUACCAAUGGAAAUGCUAGCCAUGAUAAACAAAGUGGAACUAACCACAAAACCAACCACGAGCCAUGCAAUGAUAACACUGAAGUAUCGGUUCUAUCACUCAACGGAUCUUUAAAGGAACCAAGCAAGAGCCGUAACGACAGUGUGUGUGCCAUUGUGCAAGAAUCUAAUGAUUUACUCAACAACCCAAACAAAGAGACUUGUAAAGAGAAACGGAGUCGUAGCGUGACCCCUGAAGGCCGGUGCUCAUCCAGGGUUUCUCGGCGUCGUAACUCAAUGACGUCGCGCGCCUCGGAGUCGAGUUCUAUCCCUCUAUCUCCAACUUCAAGCUCCCACCGUCGAAGAAAAGCUUCCGUAAGCGCUAGAGACCGGUACAGAGGGAUCCGAAGCAGUGUGGGUGAAGGAUCAGGGGGCGAAGGGAUAAAAGAAAAUGGAAGAGAGGAUAAAUUAACAAAUAAAAAUCAUAACCAAGUUCAAGAUGAAGAUAAAACUGAAUCAGUGGAAGAAGAGAAUGAAGUAAAUGAAACUGAAAAUGAAAAGAGUAAACUCCAGCCCUGCUUUUCAUGCUGGACAAGGGAACCUCUGAGCGGUCCAUGGUUUGAAAUGCGGGAGUUUAUGCACAAGAUAAUUAUUCAUCGAUAUUUUGAAAAUAUCGUCAUUUUCUGCAUCCUACUCAGUACUGUGACUCUGGCAAUGGAAGACAUCCAUAUUGACAAAAGGCCAGCCAUGAAAAAGGUGGUUCACAUAAUCGAUAUAUUUUGCUGCAUAUUUUUCACGGUUGAAAUGCUCAUGAAAUGGAUUGGAAAAGGACUUCGUUCUUAUUUCACUAAUCCUUGGUGUUGCUUGGACUUCUUUAUAGUUCUGGUUUCCCUGGUGAACAUUUUCAUGGCAUCAAACCAACGUGCAGACUUCAGUGCACUUCGUGCAUUAAGAACAUUUCGUGCACUGCGGCCCCUACGUGCACUUUCACGGUUCCAAGGCAUGAAGAUAGUGGUGGAUGCGUUGAUAAGAGCCGUGCCUUCUAUAACCCACGUGUUCUUCAUAUGCAUGAUAUUCUGGCUCAUUUUCAGUAUUCUCGGGGUAAAUAUCUUUGGAGGUCGUUUCGGCCGAUGUGUUUCUCUAAUGACCGGUGACAUCAUGCCCAAUCCAAGACCCGAAGAUAUUGUUGGAAACAAUACGAUCUAUGACAAAUGUUUGGUUAACAAUACCCUGUUGUUCGACUACCUCAGAGGAAUUAUAACAUCGCGAGAUAUUUCAUCCGAUCUAGUGUUACCGAUUAUCCGCAAUAGAACGGAAUGCGAACUCUGCGCUAAUAUGAUGAACACCACCUUAAUCAACUGGCAGAUACCAAGCGUCAACUUUGACAGCGCCCCCCGUGGAUUGCUUGCGCUGCUGCAGAUUGCCACCUUCACUGGUUGGAUUGAGAUCAUGGGUUCGGCAAUCGACAUCACAGGCAUCGAGUCGCAACCUCGUUACGAGAAUUCCUUUUACAAUUAUCUUUACUUCUGCGUCUUCAUUAUAUUCGGAGCAUUUUUCUCACUUAAUUUAUUCAUUGGUGUGAUCAUUGAUAACUUCAACCAACAGAAGAUUAAGACUAAAGGUGGAGAAGAUGGCGUAUUCUUAACUGACGAACAGCGGAGAUAUUACAACGCAAUGAAGAGAAUGGCCUCAAAAACUCCCAAGAAACCAAUACCAAGACCAAACAGUCGCUUUGCCAACAAGAUUUACGACAUAGUGACCGAUCGCAAGUUUGAGAUUGCAGUGAUGGGAUUGAUCAUGUUAAACCUGGUUGUCAUGGCGAUCGAGCACCAUGACAUGUCACCCGAAAUGUACAAGCUCUUGCAGAACUUUAACCUUGGAUUUAUAUGUGUUUUCUUGUUAGAAGCAAUUCUGAAACUGAUUGGUCUGCGUCUCUAUUACUUUACGGUUCCAUGGAAUGUGUUUGACAUUCUGGUUGUCGUAGUUUCGCUUAUCGUGAACUGCGUCUCCACAGCAAGCGGAUUACACGACGUGAUGACGCAAUACUUCGUACAACCGACAAUAUUCAGAAUUAUUCGUCUCUUCAGAGUCACACGGAUCUUACGACUCAUUAGAGAAGCAAAGGGUAUACGAACUCUUCUCUUUGCGUUGAUGAUGUCACUUCCUGCCCUCUUUAACAUUGGAAGCCUCUUAUUCCUCCUCAUGUUUAUUUACGCCAUCAUCGGGAUGUCUCAGUUCCCUUACAUACAGAAAGUAGCAGGCGUGGACGACCUUCUCAACUUUGAGACUUUUCCAAACGCUUUCUUGGUUCUUUUCCAGAUAUCAACAUCUGAGGGUUGGGAUACUUUCAUAGACCCUGUGUUAAGGGAUAGAGAACCUUACUGUGAUGAGUCCCCUGCCGAUGGCUCACCAAGCAACUGUGGAAAUGCUACAGUGGGUGUGAUAUACUUUGUGACAUACGUGAUGAUCACCUUCCUGAUAGUAGUGAACAUGUACAUCGCGAUUAUCUUGGAAAACUUUGAGGUCGCAACACGGGAGAGCGCUGAACCAUUGACGGCUGAUGAUUUUGAGCAAUUCUUCGAGGUGUGGCAGAGGUUUGAUGACAGGCUUACACAGUUUGUCACAUACGAGCAACUCAAGUUAUUACUCCACCAACUAGACUUUCCACUACGUGUUGCGCUUCCUAACACAGCGUUUAUAUCACAAGCUCAUAUGAAAGUUACUCUGGAUGGGAGGAUACAUUGUCUUGAAGUGAUCAUCACACUUAUUAAAAAGGUGCUGGGAGAUUCACCAGAGUUGAACAACCUUAAGGACUCAAUGCUCCAGUCGUUUAAACUGAAAUGCCCGGCCAAGGAGUCGUUAGAGGACCAGGAGACAAUAGAUUCAGAGGAGUUUACAGUUCAACUAAGAGCUGUUAUCAUUAUUCAGAGAGCGUAUCGCGAAUACAGGUUACGAAUAGAGGAACUUGAAUAUUCAGAAGAAGGUGACAUGACGGAUGCAAAUAGUUCGGAAUCGAGUAGUGAACCAGAGGCCACCAAUCCUAAUGGUCAUACAGGUGCUCCACCAGCAGAAAUAUCAAUUGAACCCCCAGGAUGAAAAGUUCCAACUUCGUCAUUUUGAUUUGAUGACUUGAAAAUUUAAAUUAUCUCGUCGCAAACGCGAAUUUAUGAGAAGAUUUAGACCAGGGUAGAAAAAGGGGUGACUUUCUACAAAAACUUUUGUUUUUUCCUUUAAUUUAUAUCGAAUUUAUUUCGAAUGUAUUGUGCGAUCAUAUAUUUCAUUUUUUAACAAAGUUGUUUUUCUUCGUCAGUUCAAAUGUUUAUUUCAGUGUUUGUUUCAGCGUAAUUCACUGCAGUUACACAUGCUUACCUUCUCACUGUACUUGGAGCAUAUUAAUACAAACCACAUGCUGUUACUGCGCAGCUGUGCAAAA